GGCCAACCGCAGUCGUUACACACCGAACUGGCUACACAAUUGUCGACAGUAUGAGUUCGGCCUCUCAUUAGUUCGGCGAGUUUGAUUCCCUGUACGUACAUCCGGCCGAUAUCAAAAUCAAUGCUUGUCCGAAAUGUUCAGUCGCGCGUUCGGACGGCGGCGGUGGCGGUGUUUGCGUUGGCCGUCACGUUCGUUUUGCCGGCGGAAAACGCGAGAAUAUUGGCCAUAGAAACGAUCGCGGCCAAAAGCCAUUGGAACUUUAUGAGCGCUGUGCUCCGGUCGCUGACGGGCGGCGGGCACAACGUCACUGUCUUCACGCCGUUUCCGAAAGGGAACGAGGAAAACUACACGGAAGUGGACAUGUCCGACGUGCUGCCGGUAAAGAUCGGCAUGGAUCUGACGAGUGUGAUACAGGAUUUUGGCGACGCGCGGUCGUUGGUCUCCAAGGCGACAGAGAUCAUGUCGGUUUUCUGCGAUAUGAUUUACAACGAUAGCCGGGUGAUCGGCAUUUUGGCUGGCGGUCUGGACGCCAAUUUCGACGCGAUCGUCAUCGAACCAGGUCCGGCGCCCUGCCUCACGUACGCGGCGGCCGGCUCGAAUCUGCCGGUCAUAUACACGGUGCCGAUGGCGAAGGCAUUUCUCACGGACAACGGGGCGGUCAGGGACGUGUCGAACCCGGCGACCGUUUCCUCGAUAUUCAGCCGUCACGCCGUCCCGAAAACGUUUGCGCAGCGGUUUUCCAACACUUUGCUCUCCGUGUAUAUUGAAGCGUACGUCACAUUACAACACGCGCUACGCCGCGUGGCCGUCAAGUUUGCCACCGACCGCCGACCGUACGACGAGUACGUCCCUGACCAGCCGUCAAUUUUGUUUACCAACGGUCAUUACGUUAGCGACGCGGCGAGGCCGAUUCCGGCGAACGUCGUCUCCGUGGGCGGCAUACAUUUAAAACCGCCCGAGAAAAUACCGAAAGUACAACUAUAAUGUUAUUAUGUUAUUAUUUUUAGAAUUUAGAAUAUUAUUUUAGAUUCUGAGUGAACCUGCCGGUUUUACUGAGUUGUUAGUGUGUCUUUUUCACAAAAAAAAAAAAAAAAAACACAUUUUCGGCUAGUACAAAUCAGGUUCAUUACACGUUGUACACAGAAUCGAACGUAUUUAAAAAUCCAUGUUGUUCACGAAAACCUACAUCGCUACAUGCAAACAAAUAAAUACACGUGAAUCCUUUAAACAAACGAUUAAAUCUGAGUUUAAUCAAGUUUGUCAUAAGAGAUAAAUAAAACUUGAAAAGUAUAAAAUAUGCAACCUCCGGUACUUCACAUAAAUAUUCUUAGUUCUUAUAAACGAAAUAAAUAAACCAGGGAGAAAAAACACAAUUCCUAAUAUUAAGCCUUUCAGGAUCGUCUUUCGUUUGUAAUAAUUUAUCUGAUGCGAUAUUAGUUGAGACACAAAUAUAGCGUUUAAUCUUUAUUAUUAUUAUUUAAAAUAAAUGUUCGUGUAAUCAUAAGGGACUUUAAGUAAUUUAAUUUAAGUACAUUACGAUUAAAAUACAUGAAAAACGACCAAGAAUUUACGAACGAUUUAAUAUUUUAAAAUAAUCAUUGACUGUGAAAUAAAUAUACUGAAUAAUUUGUAUUUGUGUUGAUUUAUAUUUAUCAACAAUGAACAAAAUAUAUUGCGUUAAUAUUAAUUGAUAACUAUUAAAUUGAAUGAGCGUAUAUUCUGUAUACAGGAUAUACUGGAAUUUAUAGAGGAUUCGCCACACGGAGUCGUUUUGUUCACAUUCGGUUCGACUGUUUUAAUGGCUUCAACGCCCGAUCAUAUAAGAACUGCUUUUUUGGAAGCGUUGGCUCAACUCCCACAGCGAGUGUUGUUGAAAUACGAAGUUAAAUUGAGGGAUAUACCAAACAAUGUAAUGGUCAGAAAAUGGUUUCCUCAACGGGAUAUACUUGGUAAGUUAUUUUAUUAUAACCGUCGUUAAAUAUUUCAGGGAAUUGUAAUCUUUUUGCUAAAUACUAGGCUCUUAGCUUUUGUAAAAAAGUAACCCGUUUCAAAUUAUUAACUUAUUUAUGUAUAUAAACUACCGAUUUCUAGGACCUUUGUAUAGUGAUCUACAACCAUGUGCUAGCCACUGUUUUAGGUGAAAAGUUUUAAAGGUAUAGGAUUUUGGGUGAUUCGAUUUAUUUACCGAAGACAACGGCAAAGCAUUGCAAUCAAGAGAUUACUACAAGUGGCAUAUGAGUGGAAUCUCACAAUUCGAAGAAUGUGGAGCAUUUUUAUAACACCGAAAAUUGUUUUCGAAGAAUUAAUGAGAAUUUAAAAAAAAGGUUAAAAUUAAAUACCACCAGUAUAAAAGUCCGCAUCUUUUAAAGUAUGACAACGACAAGGAAAAAUCGAAGCAUUUUUGGAAAAAAAAAAAAAAUACACACACAUCGUAGUAAAACUGUUAAUUUAAUCGAUGGCAAAACUAACAGCUUCUUCAACACACUUAGAAUCUAAAAUAGCAGGUUUUAUUUCUAAAGCGUCAAAAUGCCGUUUUCAAAUACCUCACGGCAAUACGGUACAUGUUACAUCGGAUUUAUAUUAGAGCGCCAACGUUCCAAUUCGGGUGAAAAAACAUUUUCACAUGUUCACGUGAAAUUAUCAUUCGAAUCAAUAAAACUGUGAAUCGGUACUCAAAAAAUCAGUAUGCACUGUGCACGUAUAAUUAUUUAUAUUUACACGUACCUAUAUUCACGUAUUUUGAAGUAUUCACGCAGACACGCGAAUAACACUGAUACGCGUGAACACGUACGUAUUUUUUUACGUUUUCAAUGAAUACCCUUAAUUGAUAUACUAGUGUGUCAAACCGAAGUCUUAAAUAACGAACAAACAUAAUAUUUUUUUCGGGCAAACGUCAAGAAUACGUGCAAACUGUUUUCCAAAUCGUUUUUAUCGUUUUUUUUUUUUAUCGAUUACAAUUACUGCUUACAUUAUUUACAUUUACAGGUCGCCAUUUUAGAAAAAACGUUACGCGAUUUACAAUUUCACUGAUAAUAUUUUGUAUAGCGUGCAAUCACGUGAAAUUAAUUAUUUCUUCGAUUGUUCGAUUUUACUAUUGGAUACAACGACAAUACGAGCAAAUCGAAACACCUACUUAAUAUUCAAUACAUGAAAACAAUAACAUUAGUAGUAUAAGACUACCGUCUACUAAUUAAUAAUCAUUAUUCAGUUAAUAAUGCGCGUGUUUGUGUGUUUUUUUUCGUUAGUUUUAUAAUAUGUAUAAUUUUAACUAGUUGUCUCGCACGACUUUGUCUGUGUACAUUGUUUUUUUUUAUAAUUAAAUGUAUUAUAGUUUUGAGCAAUUAUGACUAAUUAGUAUUUUUUUUUUUUUUAGUAAUUUAGUUAAUUUUCUACCGGUAUUAAUAUCCAGUUUAGUUGUUUGUAUUGUCCUACAAGGUUUUAUUGCAAAUAGAUAUAUUGUUGAUCUAGUCGGUGAAUAAGACGGUUGUGUUUUAAUUAUUCCUUAGUUUUUAGGUAUUAUGCGGGUAUAAUAUUGUCUGUCCCAACAGAAAUGCAUGUAAAUUUAACAAGAGGUUCAUUAUAAGUUGUACAUAAUGGUGAAAAAAAACAAAUUAUAAUGUUUCUAGGAAUUUUUUUAUGAACUAAUCAUUGAGAACACUGAGAGAACGCUUAGAGAACACUGUUGUCGGCGGUACAGGACGUACGUACCGUACGGUUUCCGGUCCGCCGAAAACUUCAUCGUGCGGAAGCGUGUAGGGCGACAUACGCUUAGGUACAAAGUGACAAUAAAGCGUUGGAGAGGUUAGAUUAGAUGUUAAGUGGCUGGAUGUGAGCAUUUUAUGAGGACACACAAGAACAGCGUAUGCAAUCCAGUGUAUGCGAAUUGCGGAGAUUGGUUCAAGUGGAAGUUUAGGCCGAGGGUGGUCGUCAUCAAAUAGUCGGGAUAUAAGCGAAAGCGGAGAAAUAGAAGCGUUUUUGCUUCGAGCCUUCUCUUAUACACGCACGGUACAGCCGUACAGGUGAUAGAUUUAUCUAGUGUCUAUAAUUUAAAUACAUACAUAACUAUAGGUACACGGUUUAUGGAUACGAAUCAUUUAAAAUGUAAAUGCUAAAAUCUGACGUUAGUUCAUUUUAAUUCAAAAGCGCAUCCAAACGUCAAGCUGUUCAUCAGUCACGGCGGAAUAUCCGGAGUGUACGAAGCGGUGGACGCCGCCGUUCCCGUUUUAGGAUUUCCGUUGUUUAGCGAUCAGUACAGGAACAUCGACAGUUUGGUCGAGGCGGGCAUGGCGAUUUCCAUGGAAGUAAUGUCCGUGACGAAAGACGCGUUUUUCAAUAAUAUCGUCGAGCUCGUCAACAAUGAAAAGUAAACGAUCAUCGUUCGAAUUAUAUUUGACUUAAUUGUCGUACGAUCACGAAUAAUCUAUCUAACUUAAUUCGCUCAUGCUUCAGGUACAAGAAAAACGCCAAAAUUACUUCAGAGGUGUUCAAAGACCGUCCGAUGUCACCGCAACAGUCGGUAGUGUACUGGACCGAAUACGUGAUUCGUCACAAAGGCGCGUCGCAUUUAAAAUCUCAAGCGGUCAAUUUGUCGUGGUAUCAAUACUUCUUGUUGGACGUGAUUGCAGUCGUGUUUAUUUUAAUUUCGACCGUAUCGUUCGUAAUUUAUAGAGUAUUCAAAUUGUUAUAUCAGUAUUCAUUUAAACAUUCGCGCGUUAUUAAAACCAAACGCGAAUGAAAAUUACUUUUUACGUUCGUAUGUAUUUAUAUUUUGUAAAUGUGUAAUUAUUUAUUUAUUUUUUUUUAUUGCGAUUGCGUUAUAGUUGUUAAUUUUCAAUUAAAAUUUAUAGAUAUCAUACAUAUAUUUGUGAAAAGUAUCUAUUAUUUUGUCGAUAUAGAAAUAAAAUAAAACAUGUUUUUUAUUAUAAGUACCCAUAG